CUUUAUAAAAGCCAUCAGCGUGGUUUUUCGGAGGUUGUUUAUUUCCGCCCAGUACAAGUUUUGGGGAGUGAGACCACAUUUAAAACUGCACGACUGCCAGACACAAGACAGAAUGUGGCGGCUGGCGUUCCUGUGUGUGAUCUCAGCCCUUUCAGUUAGCUGGGCCCGACCUCGCCUCGCUCCCCUGUCCCAUGAGAUGGUCAACUUCAUCAACAAAGCCAACACUACUUGGACUGCUGGACAUAACUUCCAUGAUGUGGAUUACAGCUAUGUAAAGAAGUUGUGUGGGACUUUUCUGAAGGGUCCUAAACUCCCCGUCAUGGUACAGUAUACAGAGGGCCUCAAGCUCCCCAAAAACUUUGAUGCUAGAGACCAGUGGCCCAAUUGUCCCACUCUCAAAGAGAUCCGAGACCAGGGUUCUUGCGGUUCAUGUUGGGCGUUUGGAGCUGCUGAAGCCAUCUCUGAUAGAGUAUGUAUCCACAGUAAUGCUAAAGUGAGCGUGGAGAUCUCCUCUCAGGACCUGCUUACCUGCUGUGACAGUUGUGGAAUGGGAUGUAAUGGUGGAUACCCGUCUGCUGCUUGGGAUUUCUGGACCACAGAGGGUCUGGUCACUGGUGGACUCUAUAACUCCCACAUUGGCUGUCGUCCAUACACCAUUGAACCCUGUGAGCACCAUGUGAAUGGCAGUCGCCCUCCGUGUUCAGGAGAGGGAGGAGACACGCCAAACUGCGACAUGAAAUGUGAACCAGGCUACAGCCCCUCUUACAAGCAGGACAAACACUUUGGAAAGACGUCCUACAGUGUGCCAUCUAAUCAGAAUGGCAUCAUGACUGAGCUCUUUAAGAACGGCCCAGUGGAGGGAGCCUUUACAGUCUAUGAGGAUUUCCUCCUUUAUAAAUCUGGUGUUUACCAGCACACAAGUGGGUCUCCUGUAGGUGGUCAUGCCAUUAAGAUUUUGGGCUGGGGAGAGGAAAAUGGUGUCCCUUACUGGCUAGCCGCUAACUCCUGGAACACUGACUGGGGUGAUAAUGGAUAUUUCAAGAUCCUCCGAGGUGAGGACCACUGUGGAAUUGAAUCUGAAAUCGUGGCUGGAAUCCCAUUGUAAAAGGAAAAAAGUUCUAAAAGAAGCCCCUGAUCAACCUGUAUGUACACUCGUAUAUCAAAUGUCUUGAGCUGACUGCCAUCUUCUAGGUCCAUGGUACAUUUUAAGGAUUGUUCAGUUUUUAUAUACAGUCUUUUUGGAUUGGGGGAGGGGGGACCCUUGGUCAGGCAAGAUUUUUAGUAACGGCCUUUCAUGCAGAACAAAGUUAAUUGGACCUGCCCAUUGGCAUUUUAAACUAAGAUUUUAGCACCGAUUGAUGCCUCAAUGGCACAAGUUUCAGUGUUUGAUUUUUGUUGAAUGGGAUUUUUACUUGUUUUAAUACAUGCUUUAGAAUGUAAUAAAUAUUAAAUAAAA